UUCAAGUCAAGUUUUGAGAAAGUUUUGACGCUUUAGCGGCGUCAAGCAUCUCUGUGACGUCGCAGCCAAUCAUUGGAGAGACGGCGUGCGCGAGCUGGUUAGGAGCCUCACGUCAUCAACGCUUUCCCAAAACACGCAGUUCAGCCGCUGUUGUUAAAGUCUGCAGCAUUACUCAACGCUUACCUAACGUAUGUGACCACUACAGUGAGUAUGUUAUCACCACACGCAUAUAGCGUAAUAUUAGUAUUCCGAAGACUUAACGAGUUAAACAUAACAGUUAAACGCGCGCAUGUGAGUUAGCAGCACAGCUAAAGUCACCAAACCCGGACUUUUCGUACUUUCUGAGCUGUGGUGUGCGCGUUGCUUCGGCAGAUAUUCCUAAAUAGGAGCAUUAACGGGUUUCCACUCGGUUUAAGCAAGACCGAAGUAAAUGUGUCGUCUUAACAACUAGUGUUCAUGCGGGUUGAGUACAGCUACCUCACCGAGGUGUCCCGGAGGUGAAAUGGACUUUUAACUCGAGCGUUUUAAACUAUGGAGCCGUGUUUGAGGUUCGUCUGUCGAGGGAGUCUCAGGAAAGUGUCGAUGAUAUGCUGGACAUGGAGAACCGCGAAGAGCUCAAGAUCACCUUUCAGGCGCCCUCUCACAUCGACAUGUGGACAAACACAUCACGGCACGCUGCUGCUGCUGAGAGCUCAGAGACGCUACCUCUCAUGUCGCCAACGAGGCACAGAUGCAUCCCAAGCGUCCCUGUCCAGCGUUGCUCCGGUGUUUGUUGUGAUGAAGUUUGAGCCCAAUGGGAACGUGACCUCAUUUGAAAAGAAGAAGACUGAGUUGUAUCAGGAGCUUGGUUUGCAGGCAAGAGAUCUGAGAUUCCAGCACUUAACAAGUAUUACAGCAAGGAACAAUGCUAUCAUCAUACGCAUGGAGUCCCUCAAGGCAGUGGUGACACCGCGGUCUUUACUGGUCCUGGAUUUCCGUGGUCUUGGUCUGGAGAAAUGGCUGGUGUUAGAACUUGGGCCACAGCUGGCAGGAGAUGGAAAUCUGGCUACUUACUCGCUGCCCUUUGAAUUCAGAGCUCUAGAAGCCGUUCUGCAACACAGGGUGAGUGUCCUGCAGACGCGGCUCAGUGAAGUUCAGCCUCAGGUUCUGGAUUGUUUGGAAUCGUUGGUGGACCCAAAGCUCCUCUCUGCCGACCGCAGCAAACUCCAUAUGCUCCUGCUUAAUAGCAAGAGCCUCUCGGAGCUGGAAACAGACAUUAAAGUGUUUAAAGACAGUCUGCUGAAGAUCCUGGAUGAGGAUGAACUGAUAGAUGAGCUCUGUCUCACUAAAUGGAGUGACCCGCAAGUGUUCGAGGAGAGCAGUCUGGGUAUAGAUCACGCCGAAGAGAUGGAGUUACUGCUGGAGAAUUACUUCAUGCAGGCAGAGGAGCUGGGAAACAAAGCCCGAGAGCUGAAAGACCUCAUCGAUGAUUCUGAAAGCGUCAUCUUCAUUAACCUGGAUAGCCACCGUAAUGUCAUGAUGAGACUGAACCUGCAGCUCACCAUGGGAACCUUCUCUCUCUCUUUAUUUGGUCUGAUGGGUGUAGCUUUUGGAAUGAAUUUAGAAUCUUCUUUUGAAGAGGACCCGCGUGUGUUUUGGUUGGUGACCGGGUUCAUGUUCCUGGGCAGUGGACUCAUCUGGAGAAGACUUCUCUCUUUUCUGGGGCGGCAUUUAGAACCCAGCUCUCCACCUCCUAUUCCCCCCGUUUGGAGGAAAACUCAAAUCGGCACCUUAAAAGCGACAGACAUUAAACCUGGACUUAGAUGAUGGCGUGUGACUGUUGCUUUUUCAAUACUUUCCCGUCCUUCUCCGUAUCUCUGACUUUUAUGCAUAUCAUGUGUCACUUACCUCAGUCUAAUAAAAAAUGGCAUCUAUCUAUUCAGAUGCAUCAUGUAGACUCAGAUUUAUUUUGCUAUGCGAUACUUGGUUUUGGAAUAAUCUCUCUGUAUAUUUAUUGUUGUGAAUAUCAUCGACGUAAUGAAAUACAUCAGAUUCCUUUUUAUUGACCGUAAAAACUAAUUGAUCUGCCACUAGCUCAGUUUCCCUGGUUACCCUUAAAAACAUGUUUAUAAAUGCACAACUUUGAUAAAACGUUACAAAUAUGAA